CGGCUGGUAUCCCCUCCCCCCUUUGGCUGCAGUCCCCUCCCCCUCCCUUUCCCCCCCGAGCCCCCGAGGGGCCGGAGCUCCAGGCUGUGCGGGAUCCCAGCCUCCGCUACUCCAGGUUGGUCUGCCACAAUGUCUGAAAGAUCAGAUCUCCUUCGCUUCAAGUUUGAAAAUUAUGGAGAUUCAAUGUUACAAAAAAUGAACAAGUUAAGAGAAGAAAAUAAGUUUUGCGACGUCGCAGUUCAUAUAGAUGAUAUUGAGGUUCAGGGGCAUAAAAUUGUGUUUGCUGCAGGCUCACCCUUCCUAAGAGACCAGUUCUUACUGAAUGAUUCCAGAGAAAUAAAGAUUUCCAUAUUGCAGAGUUCAGAAGUGGGGAGACAAUUGCUGCUAUCCUGUUAUAGUGGCAUUCUGGAAUUUCCUGAGAUGGAACUGGUAAAUUAUUUGACAGCUGCCAGCUUUCUUCAAAUGAGCCACAUUGUAGAACGGUGUACACAGGCCCUUUGGAAGUUUAUAAAGCCCAAGCAACCCUUGGAGGGCAAAGAGGAAUGUGAACAGCAAAGUGAUUCUUCAGAGUCAAAAGAACAGCAGGUAGAUGACAGAGAUUCACAGGAGCAGGACUCCCCCUGUAUUCAGCCCUCUGAAGAUAGUAUGGACAUGGAGGACAGUGAUAUUCAGAUUGUUAAAGUAGAAUCAAUUGGGGAAGUUUCAGAAGUUAGGAAUAAAAAAGAUCAAAAUCAAUUUAUUUCUUCUGAACCAACUGCUUUACAUUCCUCAGAACCCCAGCACUCUCUAAUUAAUUCAACUGUGGAAAACAGAGUAAAUGAAAUUGAACAAAACCACCUCCACAAUUAUGCCCUUUCUUAUGCAGGUAGUGAUAACAUCAUUAUGGCCUCUAAAGACUUGUUUGGUCCUAAUAAUCGUGGAGUAGACAAAGGCCUUCAGUGGCAUCACCAGUGCCCAAAGUGUACCAGGGUGUUCCGUCAUCUAGAGAACUAUGCCAACCACUUAAAGAUGCAUAAACUUUUUAUGUGUUUACUCUGCGGGAAGACUUUCACUCAGAAAGGCAACCUCCACCGACACAUGCGAGUACAUGCAGGCAUCAAACCUUUCCAGUGUAAAAUUUGUGGGAAAACCUUCUCUCAGAAAUGCUCCUUACAGGAUCACCUUAACCUUCAUAGUGGAGAUAAACCCCAUAAAUGUAACUAUUGUGACAUGGUUUUUGCACAUAAACCAGUUUUGAGAAAACACCUGAAGCAGUUGCAUGGUAAAAACAGCUUUGAUAAUGCUAAUGAAAGAAAUGUACAAGACCUCACGGUGGAUUUUGAUUCUUUUGCUUGUACCACAGUUACAGAAACUAAAGGGUGCCAGCAGCCACCUGAUGCAUCCCAGGUAUUAGAUGCAGGUAAACUGGCCCAGGCUGUACUGACUAUACGGAGCGAUGGUACCUGUGUUAAUUAAGUACAGUUAUACACAUAACUAAUGGUUGACCAAGAGAGCAUGAAGAACAGUUAAGUCUGUAUCUUAGGGGAGACUGGGGGGGGGAACAUUUUGGUUAACUUGACUGGUGUAUACAGUUGGGACUCAAUGAAAGCACCUGGUAAGCUUCCACUUCAAGGUGUUUUUACUACACCCUGUUUUUGGUGAUGAAUUUUUUCCCCAUAAUUAUCCGUUUUUCUUUCUUGAGAAUUAAUUCACUGGAGGUGGAUCACAUUGACUCGUGUUUCUGACUGAUCCCAUUUUUUUGUGGGGCAUGGUAACAACAAAUUAACCUCAACUACUUUCCACUAAUAGAUGCUAUGUUAGGAGAAAUGAAUAACACUGUAGAUUGCAAACAAAAGUGGCUGAUAUAAAAAAAAGACUUAAUAUUUUACCCUUGGCCUCAGAAAGAAUGAACCAUGGGCUGCUCAAUGAUUAAAUUCAUCUGUUUUUGUUAAACAUCUUAUUUCCUCCACAAAUUCCAUUUGUCCAUCUUGAAGUUUAUCUGAAGUAUAUUUGGUUCAUUUUAUAUACUUUUAAACAGUAUUAAUACUUGAUUUCCAUUCUCUUAAGUUAUUCACCUGGAUCAGGUCAUAUAUAUAGAUUUUUUUUAGCCACAUCUGCCUGCACAAGUAAAAAUCACCAUUGUUAUCAUUAUAAUCACAUAUAAAGGACAGCGUUCUGUGUAACAGUAGAAACCUUAGGUUUUUCAAUUAGAAUAUUACAUGAAAAGGCCAGAUGUAUCUAAUAACCUUGUGACUUGUUUGUUGAUUUUCUUAAAACUAGGAAAACAAAUGACAUUCUUAAUGAAUGUUUUGAAGAAUGAUGAUCUUGGGGGGGGCGGGGGAAACUACUUGGUAGUCAAUUUACUUUGUGUCAGGUGAGCCACAUUCAUAAUGAAUUUGAUAAGAAAAGUGCAGUCCAAUAUUUUGUAGAGCUAACUCUGAAAUCUCCCUAAGUUAUAAGUAUGCUCUCUGUAGUCAUAGUGCACUUCCAUACCUAAAAUGAUUGGAAAAUCCUCAGUGAUAAGAGAUUCAUACCAUAAAAAGGUUUUUCUCUUAAAGGUAUCUAAUCUAUCUUCACACUUGUAAUACACUAACACCAAGUCAAUCCAUUUGUAUAGAUAUGUUUUUUUUUUUCCCCUCUGCCUCUUGAAUAAAAUUUUGGAGUCUUAGAUUUUGUAUGACAUCUGAGUUAGAUUUAGAUAGUCAUAGAAUCAUAGAAUGUUAGAAUUGGAAGGGUCCUUAGAGGUAAACUAGUCUAAUUCCUCAUUUUACAAAUGAGAAAACUGAUAUCCAGGGUGGGAGAUGACUUACCCAAUGUCAUUUAAAGGAAAGCUUUUAUUCCACAUGUUCCUUAAGACUUUAUUAAUAACUAAAAUAUUUGAUAUUCAAGUUAAAAUAUGACAUGCUAAUAUUUCAUGGGGGUUUUAUGUUCCCUCUUUAAAUCACUGCUGGAUUUCAAGCUAAGAAACAGCCCAGUACUGACUAGCUGACUAUCAAAUAGAGAUUCUUUCCCAUUUAGAAACUUUUCUGGUUGGAAAAGGAGGGUUUUAAACAAGGUUCUGCUCUUCUAAAUUAGUGAUUGAGAUUAAUUUGCUCAGUGGCUUGUGGGCUGGUUUACUCUAUCGUUCUUCCCUUUGGCAAAUUAAUAAGUAUAUAGGGUGAGAGGGAAUCAAUGGGGAGUAAACCCAAACACUGUUUCUAAAUUAGAUUGGGUUAAUUUUCAUCAAGUUUAAAAAAUAUUUCUUCUUUUUUUGAGUGCAUGUUAGGAAAAUUAAAUGCUCUGAGAGGAAAUCUUUAUGGCUGGUAUAUUGGAUGUUGGUUUUUUUGUAAUUCUAAUUUGAAGCAUUAUAUCGAUCAAUAUUGUUUAAAAGUUACUUUCCCAUGCUAUUUGCUAGACAACUUAAAUGCAAAAUAUGUUGAGAGGUAGAGCCAGUAAGCACUUAAACCUGGUUAAUAAGUAGAUUGUGAUAUGAAUGCUCCCUGACAAUAUCUAAUUUACAAAGUAUAAAUGAAGGUACAAAUGCUAUGCAACAAAGAGAAGUUAUAACAGGAUAUUUAAACCAUUGUGUUUUAUGUUUGCUUUGAGUAUUAUUGUAUGACAUAGGAAAAUUACAUGGCAUAGUCAAGAGCUAUGCUCUCAUUUCUUUUGAUGUCUUUUUCUUAUUGGGUUGACGAAAUAAAUAGAUAGGAGUUCAAAGCUAGAUUUAGUGCUUUUAAAGAGUACUAGACUUUUUGGAUUCUUAUCAUAUAACAUAGAAUGUUAGGGCUAGUUUAGCCCCCUCAUUUUUCAGAGGAGUAAACUGAGGCCCUAGAAGGUAAUUUGCCAAUGUUAUUUGGCUUAUUAGUGGCUGAACUGGGACUUUCUACAUCUCAAAGCUUCUCAGUGGCAGACUUAUUGAUAGGUACUAAAAUCCAUAUCUUGACUCCUACACAGGCCAGUCUUUUCUCUGUUAUACCACAGUUGCCUCAUGUGGUCUCAGACUUUAGAACAAAGAAUAAAUGAAGAAAACUGCCUUGGAUUAUUAAGAGCACUUAAAUAUAAAUAUCCUGAGACUUUGGCUUCAUUUACUGUCAUUAUUUCUUCCUAGGAAAACCUUUAGCUUGUACUUCUCUGCAAAUAUGAAUCACUAAAAUGACUGAACUCUCUUCCAAUUUUAAAUGGAGAGGAAGCCCCUUUCAUUUUUGUGAGAUUUUCUUAAUGAAGUUCAUUGAAGCUGUAUUUAAGAAAAAUUGCUAUUUUAGCUAGAACUUGAUUUUUUUUCAAGUAUGUAGGUUUCCUAGCUGGUAUUGAAAUUUGACCAGACUACUGAAUAACAUAGAAUACUAUUUGAAAUUCUUGUGGUAGAAAGACUUAAUUUUUAAAAUUCACUCGGCAUUAGAAUUUUACAGAUCUUUGAUGUUGUAACAGUAUAAAGCACAAAAAGGAAGAAGGAAUCCUGUUAAGUUUAGCACUGCAGUUUAAAUAAAAAAAAAAAAAAUUAAACCCCAAGCACUUAGUUGAAGUGACUAACAUCUAGAAAGGUAAAUCAAAUAUGAGUUUAAUUCCUUAAAAAUUUUUUUCUUUAGGAGUUAUAUAAAUAGGGCAUUCCUUUGAGACCAUUUUCACAUUUUCACUACUGUCAGAUACAUAGCAAAGUACCUUCUUCCAUUGUCUACUUUCAGCUAAUGAACAGCUGUCCUAAACUUGUUGUAUGUUACACAUACUGACUAUGAACUACCUCUUCACCUAUUAUGAGGAAGUUUCCUUAAUAAAAGUGUGACAACUAAAACCUUGGUGUCAAUGGUUUGUUUCAUUCUCCCAUUUUCUUCUGAAAUUCUUGAAUGCCAGUAGAGGUAAGUCUUACAUUCUUUAUGUAUAGGAUGGUUUUUGAACUUUUAGGACAAAGUUCAAGACAUUCACUUGCUAGAAAAGUUAUCAAGUUUCUAGUCUGAAUUAUUAGUUCAGAGGUUAGUUAUAGAUUAUAAAUUAGCUACUGUUCUUAUUCACUGUUAAAUAAGGGAGCUAAUUAUGAAUUAAGCUCAUGGCGUGGUCAAAUUCACAGAUAACAUUUAGGAAAUAAUUUAAAAGAACUAGAAUUGCAUUUGGAAUAAGUAGUACUUUCCCUCUAAUAAUCCUCUAUAGAUAGUCUUGAUAAUUUAUUUUUUAUUAAAACCUUCAUCUCGUGGCUAGUCCUUUGACACUGAUUUCUUUAUACUUUAGUCUAUUCUUCCAAUCUUUCUGUUUGGUAGGUCAUCCAGAGUUUGUAAUCUAUUGAACAUAUAGCCUUUGAGAACCCAAGAUUCACUCUAAUCUGUUAAAUUUAAUGGAGGCACAGCCAAAAAGGGGAAAUAAUUAUGAAUUCAAGUUACAAAUUUGAAGGUGUUAGUGACCAAAUUGGGGAAGUUAUAGGAAAUUACAUACCCUAAGCAUCUGAUAUGCUUAACUGUCUUCCCUCUUUGCUGAGAGAUCCAAAGAUGAAAAUGCAAGUCUACUUCUUGAGGAACUUACAAUCUGAUAGUGAUAGAUCAUGGGGUUUAGGGAUGAUCUUGAGUAGAGGUGUCUAAUGUGUAACCAGGCAUGUGGCCUGCAGCUGAACUAGAUUAAAAUGUAAUUGAGAAGUGUAGCAAAAUUUAAAAUAUAAUAAAGCAUAGAUAACAUUACAUUUUAACAUUAGGCCAAUUUGCUGCAGGCAGGGAUUCUUAUGUAAAUAUUAGUAACUUCUGUUUAUGUUUUGAGUUUGGCAUCAUUGUUCUAGAUCAUUCUAUUCAAGAGGGGAAGCUAAGGCCUGGAAAGGAGAAGUACCAUUAUUAAGUAUCUGCAAAAGGCUAAUGCUGUGGGGAGGAAUAAAUCAUUUGGAUUGUAGUUUAGGGAACACAGUUGGAUGGUUGUAUAAUUCGGUGGGUUUGGAACUGGUUGAAUUCCCCCUACAAUGAUAAAGGUCUAUAGAGGAGCAGAUGAAAGGGUUCCCCGUGGCCCCAUUUUAUUAAACAUUCUUAUUUGCAACUUGGAUCAAGGUAAAAUGAGUAGACUUAUUAAAUCUCUGAAUGAUAAAAAAAAAUUGGGAUAUGUAGUACAUUUAUAGAUUGGGACCCCCAAUUUUUUUUAAUAUGCUAUAACAGUGAAUUAACUAUUUAAAUACUUUGAUGAAGCUGUUGACCCUGAUUGGUGUGGGUAUUCUCAUCAAUAUAAUCCUACUCAAUUUAGGGAGAUCCUCCUUUUCAGGGUCCUUAAUUUGGAAUGAACAACUUUAAAUAUAAUUGAUUGUAGUUAUGUGUAUUUUAAGAUUUCAAAACUUUAUUCUAAGAAGGUGUUCAUAAGCUUUACCUAACUUCCAAAGAGGUUUGUGAUGCACACAAAAAAGAUUUGAGAAUUCAGGCUUUAAAUUGUUUAGCAUUUUUAUUGGAUACCAGUUGGAGAGCUUCCGUUUCCAGAUUUGCUUCAGAAUAAACAAAAUAAUCUCUGACUAUAUCUUUACUGAGAAACAUCAAAAGAUAGAGGGGUCAAGGACAUAUAAUGCAAAAUCAAACCCAGGUGAUACUUUGCAUUUGUUAAAUAGCAAAUUGUGAACCCUCUACACCUCUCAUGCACCUAACCCUGUGCCUUUUUGAGCAUCUCUCACAAAAGACUUUUCCAAGGGCCUGUUAAUUGUAAUCCACAAUAGUUGAUGUCCUUGCUAGGUCAGAGGUACAACCACAUCAUACUUGUAAUUUUUUUUUUUUAAUAUACUUUGGAGCUGAGUAACCCUGAGUUGGGGAAGAGUCAUAAUGAUCUAAAUGGGAUCUCUAUGAUUUGGGAUUGUAUGUCUUAAGUUUCUCCCAAUCUCCAAUUUUAUAAUCUUGUUUUUUUGGACUUGAUCUCCCUUUUAGUCCUGUUUUCUUGUUUCAGUGGAGGUACUGCUGUCUACCUUUGGGGUACUUCAUUAUCUAGAUCUAUAUAGUACAAUUGGGUAUUGGUGGAAGGUGUAACAACAGUAAAAGAAAAUAAAAGGAUAGACCGAGUGCUACUCUAGUAAAAGAUAACCUUUCAUUUCACUUCUUUUUCCAGUCAUUAUUGAUAUGCACUUGGUUUGCACUCUCUUUUGUCCUUGGGCUCACAAUUUUGAGUUUUUGUUUUUUUUUUGCAGUUGGGUUGUUAUAUGAUCUUUAGCUACAUAGUAUCACUAGGAAGAUAUUGGUAUUGAAGAGAAGUGUUUUUCUGUCAAGAUUAAUUUGGAACUGUUAAAAAAAUUGUCCAAAACUUCAGAAUAAAAUACAAUCUAUUCAUUUCCGGCUUAACUGUGGUCUAGUUCAUCAAUUUAUAGCAUCUAAAAUGCAUAUAUGAAUGCACCAAUUUAGUGAGCUGCCCAUCUAAGUAAAUGAUUGUCAUAAUUUUGCAAACAAGCAUUCAUUUUUUUCUGUGUGUAUUUUUAUGUUAUUUUAAAAAUUGAUUAUAGAUCUUAUUGAAGAGACUUGAUGGUAUUUUGGACUUUAUGAGGAAUCUAGUGCAUUCUGGUGAAGUGACCUACUCAGGUUCAUGUACCUAGUCAGUAUCAUAGCUAGGACUGCAACUGAGGAUUUCUAUAUUUUAUCUCAACCAUUUUUUUGAACAUUCAUUGCUCACCUAUUUCCCCUAUAUGGAAAAAAAAAACAGUGCUUUAAAAUAUUCAUAGUUAAAGCAAAAUAAUUCCUACACUAGCUAUGCCCAAAUAUCAUCAUAUUUCAUAUGAAGUUUCAUAUUUCAACAUCUGGUAUCCAUCCCUUUCUGUCAGGGGAUAGGUAGAAUGCAUCAUCAUUGGUUUCUAGGAAUUGCAGUUGGUAAUUGCAUUGAUUAGAGGUCUUGUCUUUCAAAAUUGUUUGACUAUCAUGUUUUUGUUAUUUUGUAAAUUGUCCUGGUUUUGCUUAUUUCACUCUUCAUUAAUUCAUGCAAGUCUUCCCAGGAUUUUCCCUUCUUUUUGAAACUAUCCUUCUGAAACUUUUUUAGCACAGUAGUAUUCCAUUGCAUUCAUUUGCCCAUAUUUGUUCAACCUUUCCUCAGUAGAUGGGCAUCCUCUUAUUUUAUAGUUCUUUGUAACUACAAGAAGAGCAGCUCUGGGUCCUAUUCCUCUUUAUAUGAUCUGUUUGGAAUAUAUGGCUAUUAAUGGUUAUCAUUGGGUCAGAGUUUGUAACUAUUGGGGCAUUAUUCCAAAUUGUUUUUGAGAACAGUUGGAUCAAUGCGCAACUUCACCAAAAACUGCAUUAUCUACUUUCCCACAGCUCCUCCAAUAUAGCUUUUAUCAUCUCAAAAAGAUUUCUGACUCCAAAGAAAAAUGCUUUUUUAGAUCUUCUGCUUCACACCGAAUGUUGGAAUAUGAAACGUUAUAAUUGGAAGGGGCCCUCAGAAAGCUUAUUACACUUUCUGCGGCUCAGUUUCUUCGUCUGUAAAGGUCUUGAACUAGAUUAUAACUUUUUAGAUAAGAAAAUUAAAAAUUCAGUGAGGGCACUCAUUUGAAACCCAAACCUCCGGACUCUUGACAACUUCUGAAAACAACUUUGUUUAUCACAGUGCAGGGAAUACCAUUCUUCCAGGUACAAAUCAACUACCUCUAGUAGGAUUUCCCCUAACAGCAGAGGAGAGGGGAAAGAAGGGCGAGAUAAAACGCCCCUUUACCCAGUGACUUCCGGGGGUUCGCCGGAAGGAGGGCGGAGCCAGUCUGGGUAGCGUGCAGGUCAGUCUUUGAGGUGGGUAGGAUGGCCGCCGGGAUGUGCUUCCGGUUCGUGGCUGAUCUCCCUGUCCUGCUAAGGCCGCCGGCGUCGCUACUGAAACGGGUGGAGCGGCCAGCUGGGGGUGAAGCCGACUUACCCCGGAAGGGUUUUGUCCUAACCUGGGCGAAGCUUCCGUUCUGGGCAGUCGUUGCCUCUGCUGCCGCUGCUACUGUUGCCCGAGGGGCCUCACCUUGGAGGGCGCAGUUUCCCGCGGGACCGUGGACGGAACGCGUGAGUGUGUACAGUGGCCACGUUCGGGUCAGCUCGGAGCUGACGGUGGGCAGAGUGUGACCAUGGCUGCUGAAUCUGAUGUCCUGCACUUCCAAUUUGAGCAGCAAGGUGAUGCUGUCCUACAGAAAAUGAACCUCUUGAGACAGCAGAAUUUAUUUUGCGAUGUAUCCAUCUAUAUCAAUGACACGGAAUUCCAGGGACACAAGGUGAUUUUUGCUGCUUGUUCUACUUUCAUGAGAGAUCAGUUUUUACUCAACCAGUCAAAGCAGGUCAGAAUCACCAUCUUGCAGAGCGCAGAGAUUGGCAGAAAGUUACUGCUCUCUUGUUAUACUGGUGCAUUGGAAGUUAAAAGGAAAGAGCUUUUGAAAUAUUUGACUGCUGCAAGUUACCUUCAGAUGGUACAUAUAGUGGAGAAGUGCACAGAAGCUUUGUCUAAGUAUUUGGAAAUAGAUUCUUCAAUGAAGAACAACAGUCAGAGUGCUGAGAUAUGCCAUUCUUCUUAUCCAGAACUAAAGGAUGAAGAUGAAAAUUUGGAUAGAGACUGCGAAAUAAUUGAGAUUUCUGAAGAUAGCCCUGUAAACUUGGAUAUCGAAGUUAAGCAAGAAAAAGAUAAUGCUUUGCAACCGACCAUACAGGGAUUGUUAUUGGACAAAAAAGAUAUGAAAACAUCAGAGAUUUCAGCAGUUGAAAUAGGAUAUAAAGAUGAUGAAAUUUGUAUCUUCAGAAUGGAUUCCAUCAAUGUGCCCACUGUAGAAAGUGAACAGUUUUCACAGCCUUGUACCUCUUCAAAAACAAAUAUAUAUUUUCCAGAAACUCAGCAUUCACUGAUUAAUUCUACAGUGGAAAGCAGGAUGACAGAAGUCCCUGGGAAUCAUUUUCAGGGAUUUAUUGGUGAAAGUGCAGAAGGAAACAUUGGUAUAACAAAUGGACUUCAAAGUCUAGAAGAAGGUUAUUCCUGGCGGCACCAGUGUCCCAAGUGUCCACGAGGAUUUCUUCAUCUUGAAAACUAUCUGCGCCAUCUGAAAAUGCACAAACUGUUCUUGUGUUUGCAGUGUGGAAAAACAUUUACACAGAAGAAAAAUCUUAACAGGCAUAUUCGAGGACAUAUGGGCAUAAGACCAUUUCAAUGUUCUGUGUGUUUAAAGACAUUUACUGCCAAGAGCACUCUUCAGGACCACUUGAACAUUCACAGUGGAGACCGGCCCUAUAAGUGCCAUUGUUGUGACAUGGACUUUAAGCACAAAUCUGCCCUCAAAAAGCACUUGACCUCUGUUCAUGGGAGAAGUAGUGGGGAAAGGGCAAACCUUGAUGUCAUCACAAAAGUCAAAAUAGACUAUGAUUAGUAGUAAUACACACUUGCUUUGGAGUCUUAAAUAUUAUAACCAUUAUCUUGAGUUCUGCAAAAAUAUUCCUUUGUAAUUCUGCAUUCCCUCUUUGUAUGUUGCUUUUUAUGAUCUAUUGGCAUACUGUGUUUUUGUAAUGCGUAUUCUUAAAAGUUGUGGGAGUUAAUGGAAAGGUUGAUGGAGUUCUAUUCUGCCUUAAACAUCAUAUACCAAAAUAUUAGAUGAUUUUCAUAGCCAGCCGAUUUGGUGCUUUAUAGAGUAUUAUGCACACAGGUACUUGGUUGAUGUUAAUUAACUGUCUCCUGACUAAGGAGCAGAAAGAACUCAAUGGUCAGUAUUUUUCAGAUAUUUGAUUGAAUUUCCAGUAUUAGUGCUUCACACAAGAGCAGCAGCCAUAUUUUACUUGCACUCUUAUCUUGGAGACAGUUAGAAAAAAAAAAUCUGAGACUUUUCCAGUCUCAAUUCUUUUUAGAAUCACUUUUGAGGAUUAUUGCCCUGCAGAUGAAUGCAAGUGUAAUUAAUCUUUAGGAUAAAUAUUUUGAUUACCUUUAUAAAUUCUACCACUUUUUCUAACCCAAAUAGCUGGUUGAACUUAUCUGGUUGAAAUUGUAAAUGAGUAAUAUAUUACUUAUAUGAAAUAUGAAAAAAAGACAAUUGCCUUUAGAGAAAUUAUUCAGCAUAUCAUUUACUUCUGUAUGAGUAUUUUCUCCACUUAUCCAAAAGAAAACUCCUCCACACUUUUUUGUCCUUUUGAUUGGCUUUAUCUUUCAUCAAUCUUCCAUAAAAAUUCAGCCUAACACACCAAUUGUCAUCUUUUUUUUUUUAAUUUCUGGAUAACAUUGCAGUACUUGCAUUGUCCAUCUAUUAUUUCUCACUCUUGCUAUAUUUUUGACCAAUCUCCCUUUUUAAUCCUUUAAUAUCUUUUAUACAAAUUCUUGAGCACAAGUCAUUAUUGGGAAUAUGCUGCAGCCUACUUGUGCCACCAAAGGAAUAUGCAGGGUUAUAUUAAAAUGGAUUUUUUUGUACACACACAGGUAUAUAUACAUAUAUAUGCAUUAUAUAUUUAUAUGCCUGUAUAUAUGUAAAAUAUGUAUGUGUAUAUACCAACAUAUGUAAGAUACAUAUAUACAUAUAUUGGUAUACACAUACAUAUAUACACAUACAUAGAUAUAGAUUAAAAUAUGUAUAAACAUUUCGCUUGAGUAAAGAAGAUAAUUGUACCCAUGUGAUAUUUUUAAUAUAUUUUAAUUUAUUUCCAUUUGAGAAUAAAUAUUACUUAUUUGAAUUACUGAAUCACAUACUUUGGAAAUGAAUACUAAAUUAGCUAUGCCUGGAGAUUAUAAUUAAUUCAAACAAAUCAGAUAUUUUUAUCAUCAAUAUGAUUAUAUAACCAAUAAGAAACAAAGCAUUUGCUAGAAAUCCACAAUUCAUAAAAGACAUUGAAUGUGUCCUAGAUAUGAUUCUUUUUACUUUGUCUUGGCAAUACGUUUUUUGUCAUGGCAGUUCUUUAACCUAGUUUUUUUUUUCAUUAGUAUUGUACAUGGAUAGUUGUGAUUUUUCUCAAUGAUAAACUGGAGCAUUCUUAUUCACGUGACCCCAGCUGACUUUUAAAGUUUUGUAUUAAAAUAAUUUGAGUAAGUUUUUUUUUAAGUUCAGAUAUAUGUAUUCUCCAUGGAUGUGCCAAAAGUAAAAACGUGUAUGUACAGUAAGUUUAGUAGAAGUAAAAUUGAUUUUUGAUUCUUGUUAAAUGCUAAAGCUCCUCGUUAUUUCUAUAUACUUAUGGUGCAGUAUAUACUGGUAGGAUGAUACAUCUUGUUGACCCCUAGUCUGAGAGAAGUGAUUUGAGUGUUAAGUCAUAUUGCAGUAAUCUCCUAAUUAAUCUCCCUUCUUCAAAAUUCUUACCCUCAUCUGUCCUCUACACAACUUGCCAAAGUGAUAUUCCUAAAGCACAAUCUGAUCAUGUCACUCUCCUGCUCAUAUAGUUCCAUUAAUUCCCUAUUUCAUACUCUUAAGAUAAAAUGAAAAUUCUGGAUCUUUUAAAUCUAGCUCCAGCCUACUUUUCCAUCUAUAUUACAUUAUUCACCUCUAUACACUCUAGCCUAGCUGCUCUUCAUAUAGGACAAUGCAUCUCAUUUUCCCCUGGCUUUGCUUCCUCAUUGCUGGAAUGCAUUCUCUCUUCACCUUUCCCUCUUAAUCCUUAAUUUCAUUUCAGUGCUUAACUCAAGUGCCACCUCCUACAUGAGGCCUUUACUGAUUCUCCCAGUAUCUUUCUCCUCUCAUCCCCAUCCCAUUUAUUUUAUAUUUACUAUGUAUAUAUUUUAUAUCUACUUAAAUGUGUAUGUUUUCCCUGAUAGAAUGUAAGCUAUUUGAGGGCAGGGACCAUUUUGUCUUUGUAAUCCCAUUGCCUGCUACAUAGUAGACAUUUAAUAAAUGCUUGUUGAUUGAUUGGUUAUGCCUCCUGCAAUAUAGCAAUUAUGUUCUGUAAAAAUCUGAUAAAACAAAUUAACCCAGGAGGCAAAUGUUAAGCUUUUUAUCCUAUGCUAGUGAGCUUCUCCUGCGAGAUACUUCUUUUGAAACUAAAUUAUUUCAAAUUUAUUACAUUUCAGUUGUUUGUGAGUAUUUAGUUUACAGGAAUAUUUUUUUAUUCAUACCUGUGUUUUCAUAAGUGUGGUGUGUAAAUUUCUAUUGUGGAAUAUCCUUCUACUAUUUUGGAGAAGAAAUGUCUUUUCUUUAACUUACAGUUCUAGGGAAUUGCCAGGGGAUACUGAGAAAUUCAAUGAUUUACCCAUUUUAAUACAUUUUAGUAUAUGUCAGAGGCAGGCCUUGUUGAAUGACUGUUUUGCAGCAUCUUUGUGAAAAAUGCUAUAAAGCCACAUAAUUUUAAAAGUUGAAAAUGCUAUUUAGACUUUUCCAAGACUACUUCGCUCUGCAAAAUGUAAAGUAUACUUGAUUUGUAGUUUCAGCUUUAAUAAUUUGACAUUUCAAUUUUCAAAAAUUUUAAAUUUAUGAUUUUGUUUCACUGAUCAUCUGAGCUAGAAGAUGGGAGACUUGAGAGAAGGUUCAGAAAUCUACAGAAAAUCUUUUGAAUGGGCUAGAAUUUCACUACAAUUUUUUUCACUAUUAGAAAAUAUUAUUUCAAUAAACAUUUUUAAAUUACUCUCUAUGAAUGGAGAAAUGGGAUUACGUACUAAGGAAGAUAGUAGUUCAUUUUUAGAACAACUUAUACUUUUGGAAUGAAAUAAGGAUAUAAUUAUUGUUCCCUUUUGACAAAUAACGAUAUAAGUUCAUAGAGGAAAAUGGCCUUGCCUAACAUACUGGAUAAUUUGACUGUAGAGAUACAAAACUUAAUUAGAAAUGGUCUUUGCUUUUAAGGUUAUCACUUUUUCAGUAGUUUGUCUUUUGAGCUGGGUCUUUAAAAUGAUUAUGUGUAGAUACACCUCUUAGAAGAAAUUUUCUUGAGAUUUAAUUUAAAGCUUUAUUUUGCCUUGUUAAUUUCAUCUUAGUUUUAAAAUUGAAAACAUUUUGUGGGUGUACAGUAUAUUCAUAAGAAUUAACAUUUUUAAAGAAUUUACCUCUACCUGGUUAUUUGAAAGAUAUUUCUUUCCCAAUUGUAACCAAAUCCUGAUACACACACACACACACACAGACACAUGUAUAUAUGUGUAUACACACAUGGCAGCUAGAUGGCAAAGUGCCUAUGGGACUGGGCCUGAAGUCAGGAAGACUUCUUGAGUUCAAAUAUGGUUUCAGAUGCUCUGUGAUCCUGAACAAGUCACUGUUUUUGUCAAGAAAAUCCCAAACAGGUGAGGAAGAGUCAGACACAACUGAAAAACAAAUACACAUGUACAUAUAUACAUACCUACAUAUAGACACAUACCUUAUAAGAGUGUCAUGAGAAUCUUUUUCAGAAAUCACUUUUAGAUCUUUGUUUUAUAGGAAGUUUGGAAAUGUUGGUAAUACUAUCCUAUAACAUGAUUCCAUGAGAAGCAUUCCCAGAACCGGGGCCACUUGCAUGAUAUAUCAACAGGAUUUGGAAAAUGGAAUCUAGUUUUACAAGUGCAAGUGUGGUAGGGUAGAAAAGGGAAAUGGAGAAAGGGAUAAGAAUUUAUUUAGUUCCUACCAUGUGUUAGGUAUUGUGCUAGGCACUUUUUGUAAAUAUUACAUUUGGUACAGAGUUGAAAUUUAUUGUAGAGAAAUGCAAUGUUUGUGAUUUUGUCAUGGCCAAGAGAAAAACCUGAAAGCUCUAUAUUCUUAAAUUAAAACUUUGUGUUUACUAUGUUUAUGUUUUAAGAAUCUUGAAGAAAAUUGGUUAUUGAAUUUCUUCCAAAUGAAAUACUACUUGUCCCUUCUGUUCUGUAUACUGUGUACCAUUUUCUUGUACCUGACUUCUUAAUAUUUAGGAUAAUAAAAUGGAGGUUGGAUUAGA